AUGGAAAAAUACUCUAGAUGGAGAGACGCUAGCACUGGCAUUCAACCUUUCUUGCCUCCAGUUCCACCUCGCACAGAUUCGAGUCUAUUAAUCACGCUAUCCAAUGUCAUUCAUAUCAUUGUGGGACCCAUUCAAGGCAUUAUCAAGUUGGUUUUGAUUGGCUUGGUUACCUUGUUAUACAUCGUGCUUGUGCCUGUCUUGGGCACUGUGUUGACGCCGGUAGCACCUUUGAAGCGAGUUUGGACCAGGCUCUUCUCGUCUAUUUUCCUUCGACUUGUACUAUUUUUGAGUGGAUUCUUUCACAUCAAGACAGAAACUGUCUCUAUUCGCAAAAGUCGUGGUUCCAAUGGUACCAAGGAAGCACCACAUGUCAAGCAUGGCGAUGUCAUUAUAGCUAAUUGGACUUCUUAUAUCGAUAUUCUAUACCUUGCAUCAAGAUUCAAUCCUAUAUUCACUCAAAUCUUCGUGGACACCAACAAGAUCAAGAUCAUUUCCCUAUGGGAAGCUAUCCGAUUGGUAGGUAAAAUCCCUGAAUCAAAACCAUCAAGCGAGGAUACAGUGUACACAGUACAAGAGCUGUCUCAAAAGGCAAAGAAGGGUAAAUGGGGACCUGUUGUCGUGUUUGCAGAGGGCACAACUACCAAUGGACGCGCCUUGCUGAAGUUUGCACCUGUCUUUGAGGAUUAUAAAGUGGAUCAAAAGGACGGAUGCUUUCAGAUCAUGUCAUUCAAGUAUGAAUAUGGAAAUAUGCCACCCACAUAUACAGUUGGAAACCAGGUUUACCACUUUUUCAAGUUGUGUUCUCAGUUCCAUAAUACACUCAUUGUCAAAUCGCUUGCUCAAGGUGAAGCUCCAUGCUCAUCGCAUUCUACCGCUGAUGCCACUACCCCUACCACUAGCUCGAAUGAUCCAGUAGGAGACUUACUCAUUUCAUCACUCGGCAAUAUAUCAAAACUGAGAAAGACCAACCUAAGCAUGUCUGAUAAGCGUGAUUUUAUCUUGUACUAUGAAUCUCGUCAAAAAAGCAGAAAAUAG